CACAAGCCAUGGUUGUAGGAAUUAUCAGGGAGCGUGUUCACAGAUGAGAUGACACCAAAGCUCUGCUGUAUCUUUCUUUUCUUUUUGACAGGAAGUACUUGAAGUACAUUUCAAAGGCCUCAGCUCUUCCCUUUAGGAACAGAAAGUCUCAGAUUUAUUGCAGAUAUGAGAUAUCGAGCUAUUUUGCACUUUGGUGCCAUAAUCGUUGUCUCCCUAAUUACAUGGGGGAUCUCCAUCAAUGUAUUUGAUGUACAGGAGAAAACAAAACACAUUCUUGGGUUUAGUCACCUAGAUCAAAUCAAACCAGAACUCAAAACAGAUACAUUUACCAUGUCCUUGCAAGAGUCCGUGCCAAAAUGCGGCCUCUCCAGAGUCUGCCCACCCGACCAUUUUGCUAUACAUAUCAGGAGUGGAGCAGCUAAUGUUGUCGGACCAAAGAUCUGUUUCAAUGGUAAAAUUAUUAUGGCCCACCUGUUGAAUAAUGUGGGUCCAGGACUGAACAUUGUGGUGGUAAACGGUGAAAAUGGAGAUGUGGAAAAAUCUGGCUUUCUUAAUAUGAAAAUUGGACACAAAGAAGACAUCCUGGCAUUCCUGAAGGAGAUCAAAUCUGGAAUGAUUGUUUUGGUGGCCUCGUUUGAUGAUGUGACAGCAAAAAUGACAAAGGAAAUGAGGGAGAUAUUUGUUGGAAUGGGAAGCUCUUUGAUCAAGUCAGUAAAAGUCAGAGACAACUGGGUGUUUGCUGGAAGAGCAGGGACAGGAAACAAAAGCCCCUUUGAGAAGAAAGCUGUUAAUAAUAAGGAAACCAACAUUUACGAAGAAUGGCCGGAGACUGUGGAGGUGGGUGGAUGCUUCCCUAGGAACCAAACCGACGGAAAUAAACCUUAAAGGACUAUUGUGAUCAAAAGGAGAAAAUUAUUAUCUUUUAAUGAUCUUUCAAGACCAUUAAAUGUCCAUGUACAAAUGAUGCCCCUCCAAGUGGUUUUUACACCCCUUGAAACUCAAAACCUAACUUACUGGGCUCAGUAAGAAGAGGGAUUCCUCCUUUGUUGCUCUUCUUGGAGUUUCCUUGAGUUUUUCCUCAUCUGGAAUCGAAGUCAAAGGAUAGCAGGUGUCACAUUUUGUACAGAUUGUGAAGCUAUCUGAGGCAAGUUUGUCAUCUGUGAUUCUGGGCUAUAUAAAUAAAAUACACUUGACUAGUGUACUUUAAUAUGCA